AUGGCCGCCCUUGCCAGCUCGCUCAUCCGCCAACGCCGGGAGGUGAAGGACCCGCAGCAGAACCGGCAGAUCGCGAGCAAACGCAAACCCUGCCCCAAGAGCAACAAGUCCCUGUGCCAGAAGCAGAUCCUCAUCCUCAUCUCCAAGGUCCGGCUCUGCGGCAGUCGAGGAAGAAAGGUCGAGAAAAGACCCGUUCCGAACCCGUAG